AUUGUUUCAUUUACACGUGGGAAACAAUAGGCACGGAAGAUGCGUCAACUGUACAUCUAUCUUACACCUCAGGGACUCUUUUGAUAAUUUCGACAGGCAAAAUUAAGUCACAACAGUCGGCUUUUUGCUCACUGUGUUUUGCUCAGUUAUCUCCUUCAAUAAGACAGUUGAAACCAAAACAUGUCAACACAGGGGGAUAUGCAGGAUAACACCAAAACAUUUGAAGGAAGUGAAAAGACAGACACUAGACAGAGAGAGCCUGACAAUAAGUGAGUUUCACAAGUUGUUUUUUUAUAUCUUUAAGUCAAGUUAUCUAUUGUACCAGAGUUUAAACAAAGUAUUUUUAACUUGUCUUUUAUGCAUGCCAUGCUACUGCUCCGAUUUCAUUUUUAGGUGCAUGUAAACUGAAUCACAUGUCAUGUAAAAACUCAAGUCAAUAUCUUUUAUCAGACUGAUUUCAAUAUUGUGCGUGUGAAUCCGUCUGCUGUUGCAAUUAUCUCCACUCCUUAUGCUGAAGUUACUUCAUAGUUUCAUCAAUUUGAGGUUCGUUUAAACAUCUUAAGUUACAUAUUUACAAUAUAUGAUGAAAUGCAAAUAAAGAGUCACCUAACAUGGCUUUUACUGGAGCCUUUUUUAGUCAUCACUCAAAGCUUCGACAUGACAACAUAAUUCCCUCAUAGUUAAAAAGUCUUAUCUCCCACAAUGACUGCCUCUGUUUACUAACACAGGGAAGUAUACUCGCUUGGUGUACUGUAACCACAAAUAUCCCCAAAAAGAAAAAAAAAAAAAGGAAACACAGGGUACGAUGCUCCCCUCUUCUGUCUGUGAGAAGGACUCCACCCUCAGAAAAAAAGAGGCACAUUCCUCAGGAAGUUUACCCGUCGCCUCUUCCCUUCAUCCAUCGCUCUUCCUGCAGGAUCUGAUCUUCACUGAUUACUGUCGGCUGGGUGGGCUGAAAACUGUUAGUAUUGAGGAGAGGAGACCCAUGAACAUUUAGUGGUGUGAAACUUGAACUCUGGCAGUGAAUGCCAUGGGUAAUAAAGCAACAGAUUAUUGUAUAAUGGGCAGAGGGAUCCUCCCUAAGGAUGUCUAAUGAUGGUAUUUUAUAUGAGUGUAUGGAGAGGAAACACAUGGAUCAUGAACCUCUUUCUCAUCCAUGUUAACAAAAAUAAACCAAAUCUUUCUUUUCUCAGGCAUGAAAAGUUGAGUUUAAGUAACUCAGUGUGAUAAAAAAGAAUAAUGAUGGUCAGCUCUGUGCACAAAUACUGCUGUGAGUACUGGAUUAACAGAGAACAGUCCGUCCAUGCACAGGUAAGUGAACUGUUGUCAUAGCUUAAUAAGGCAAUUUAAGUGAACUGUUGUCUGGAAACCUCAGGUCAGUUUCUGUCCAAUUAAGCCAUGAACAGGACAGAGAAAAUCAAUCCCCAACUGCUUUAUCCAGGUAUGAGAAGUUGGAUUUAGUGUGAUUUUAUUCAGACUAAUGUGUUAACAUGUUUUGGAAAAGUCCUGUUCCAGUCAAACUAAAGCAAUAAAUGGAUCUUUUUGAAGCCUAUUGCAAAGAUUCAUCCAGCUUUCCCGAACUGUGAGAGUGAACUUCAACCUGACAGAAAAGCUGUUUUGUUGUACUUUGUUGUAUUAGAGGAUUAGUGGAUAUAUACCAUGGCUCUAGUGUGCAAUCCAAUCUGUGGUUUUAUGUCAUCAUUUAGGAGACAUAUACCAUAAAAUGGGGACAAAAGCCAAAGCAAAUUUAGAAAUGUAAAGAAAGUCGAGGGCCAUUACAAAAAGAAAGUACAAUCACCUCAUCAUAAGACAAAGUAAUUUCAUACACAUCGCUCAGGGGGGCUGUGAGUGUUUGACUCCAUCCAAGGGUCAGAGACAUGAUUUGAUUUUCUCCUCAAAACCAGACACUGUUAGAGCAGCUGUAUCAGGUUCCAUCAGAUAGUGUCCCAGCCGUUCAGCUGCUUGUCACCUCCGCCGUCAACACUGUCCUCCCGGUCAGCACACCUGCUGCUGCUGUAAUCCGAAAGCUGCUGCUGCAUUGUCUGUGGUUGACAGAAACACUGCCUGUCAACACUGUGCCGUGACAAAAGGCACGUCCCAGUUUAACACGCACUAUUUGUGCAUUCUGUACUUUGUGUUUUUCAUACUGCACCUGACACACAAACAUACUCCGAAUCCUAUUAAAGGCAGAACAGGCAGCAUCACAGGGGCUCGAGAGUGCAUCACGGAGUCUGCAUUUAUUUCCUCUGCUGAAUUUAUCAACAUCCUUUUGUUGGUUGAACCCGAGUAAUGGCCUGUGUGUGAUUCUGUAGCUGCUUCUGUCGGCCUCUCAAGUAGAGCUUAAAUCGGGAUUUUCAAAUGAGUGAAAACCAUGUUCAGGGUAGAGAUGGGGAGACUCAUAAAUCAUAAAUCCAUUCCUCAUUUCUUUAUACAGAAGGUAGGAAACAUCCAGAAAAUUUUGUGCUGCUUUUACAAAGAUGGGCAGUCCCAGACAAAAAGAAUAUAUUACUUAAACAUAAAUAUAUUUUAAAAGAGAUGUCCUGAAGUAUUUAAACUAAAUCAAAUCGAAACACUAACACAUACAGAGAGGCUUUUUGUUCCAACUUUACUUUCUCCACCCCGCUUUAAGCACCUUGAUAAUCUUUUGAUUCACCUUUACAUUAAUUCAUGAAGUUAAAUUUCAAUUUGUUUGCUUUUAACAGAAUCAAGGGCACUGAACAAACACCCAAAGCUCCUGCAAGGAACUUUUUCAUUUGCACUGUUUUGGCACCUCCAGUGGACAGAAUGGGAACUCUUUUUUUUUUGUUUGUUUGUUUGUUUGUUUUUGGUUUAUCUUGCUCUGAAUAUGUGCAAAAGUGUUUUUUUCUGUGUGAUUUUUAUAACAGUCAAACAUACCACACAUUGUGAAUAUUUGCUGUGUGAAAAGCUAUUUGUGCAUCUGACACCUGCCCUGCGUCAACAGUGACGAACAUAUAAAACAAGUAUGCAGAAAUUAUCUGUCAUAUUACUGAUAGUCUUGUUUGCUUCUGUGAAUCAGGUAGAAGCAUCAGUCUUAGUUUGUCUUUGUUUCAUGAAAAGGUAAAAAAAAACUUUUAAGGCCAACUGUGCACCCUAAUUAAGAGCACACAUUUGCACACAUGCCUCACACUCUGUUAAGUUUAUGGCUUUACAAAUACUUGGUAUCCUUACAUGCACCUUGCCAAUCUAGUUUGUUUCACUCUAUUUUACUCUGAGAUACAUCGUCAGAAUCUCUAAUAGUAACUCACGAGAUAUAAAUCUUGUGGACAUUUACGAUUACACCAUCAUAAAAAGAAAAAAAAAAACAUUAAAACCAGAAGCACAAAGAUGUUGGCCCUAGAGUCUCAUAAGAUUCAACAGCAGAUAAAUCUAACAAAGAAACACACCAAUGAAUGCAGAGUUUUAAUAAGAAGGCCUGCAGACGAUCUUUAAUAAUAUGAAUAUCUAAGUCUCUAUUCUCCUGGAGUCUAAACACAUUUUUGCUGAAUCACCCCCAUAGAGGACUAGGAAAGGCACUAGCUUGUGUUGGAUGGCAAUACGGCAUCACAUGAAGCUGCACAUCACAGCCAAACUCAAAAUUCAGAAAAAAGGAAAUCUGCUUUCAAUUUUCCGCACAGUUUAUUUCCUCUUAAGUGAAUUUUGUGCAACGUGGGUUGGAAAAUCAAAUAAGGAAAAUAUGGAUAUUUUUAGUUAAAAACAUUCCAGCACUCCAGCUAUGGUCCAUGAUGCUGGAAUAAUCAGUAACUGACCAAGUAUUGAAUUGAUGGUUCUCUAUCCGGUGCCAGCGCUGAUGAAUUUAGAUGGGGAAGAAUGAAGCAGAGAAUUAGACGGACUGUUCAGGUCAGACAGAGAGGCAAUUGCCUGUGUUAUGAACUGCAACGUGCAUCAGGCCACGAUCUGCAAGUCAUCUUUUCCCUUUUCCUUCUGAUAUUAGAGUUGAACUUUAGUGGACAGUUUUAUUACAGUCUUUAUUGAAGAGAAAAAUGACUUUCUAAAGCUCUGAGUGGUGCCCUGCUUUGAUUUGAGUCUGACAACAGCCACUUUUAAGUCUUCAUUAUAUAAUCAUACAAGGUUUUUUUUUUUUUCUGACAAUGAUUGUGCUCACUGGCUUUUCCCACAGGGGUAUGACAUCCAAAUAAGGGGUAUGUGUGUUAUUACAGGGGAAGAGAGCACUCUAGCUAUCAACUGUGGGAACAUUAUAUCUUGCUCAGUCAUGAAAACCUCUUUCACACACGCACAGUCAUUUUAAGAAAUUUUCACGUGUUUUGCUCCUCAUUUCCAAAGUUUUUAGUCUUUGCAUUAUUCUCAUAGUGAGAAGAGUUUCCUGUUGGAUGAGGGGUGGUGCCGCGGUGGAGGGGAUGAGUCUCAAGGGGGCAGAACAUGACAUCUUAAGUCUGAUGCGGAAGCCCCAGUGUAAUGUUUACAACAUGAUGGUGGAUAAAGGCACAGAGACCUAAUAGCUAUAGAUGUUCAGAUAUCAGUGCUCAGCAUCAAAAUGACUCUCCUUCUUUAACCUGGGAUGGUUUUAUUAAACUUGUUCCAUGUUUCUCUUUUGGUUACAUGGUACAAACCUCAUCGCAACCUCAUUCUUGGCAAACUUUUCAGCUGUUUGUGUUCACAAAUGCAGCCUGCACUGUUUCAGGAAGUUUUAAAAGUGUUGUGCAUGUAUAGAUACGGCUUAGGUUCAAUGUACAACUGUUUAAUACAGUAAUGAAUGCCACAGCAUGUUAGCCAAGAGACAAGACUACUUAGUUUUGUUUUCAGUCCAGAGAUAGAAUCAUAUCAUGGUGUAUAUUGGUUAUUUAGACUAAGUGGAAAUAUGCAAUAUUUUCAUAUACAGUAUAUUAUAGUUUUGGCGCAGCUAUAUUCAUAAUGCACAGCGUGAUUUUGACUUGGUCCACCGUCAAGUUAGUACAUCUGAACAUUUAGCGCCCAGUUUUGACAGUAAGACAAAGGAUAACAUACAAUCUGGUGUACCCCCCAGAACGAUGGAAAGAUAAUGAAAGGUCAUUUCAAAAUGAAAAAGGCCAAUUUGAAGACAUAGCUACCUAAAAUUUAUGAUGAUAAAGGUCAGUGCUGCUGAUAGUAAGUGUUUCAUUUUCUUUUCAGCCAGAGCUUGAAAUAAUAUCAGCACAUUUUAGUUUUAAUUAACUUUGUAUUAAAGUUGAGGUCAAAGUAGAAAGGGAAAAAGAGUUUUUUUUAUGUAUCUUUUUCAUUCUAAUCAAAUGUUUUAACUCCACUAAGUGCUUUUUGAGUCAACCUUAAGUUAAGUUUAUGCACAAGAGCGAGGCAAAUGGACUCUUUGGAGUCUCAAAUAAAAGACAUUUCUGAGAGAGACAGAUCUAAUGUUGUAAAGCACUUUGUAACUUUGUCUUGAAAGGUGCUCUAUACAAAAAGUCUAUUAUUAUUAUUAUUAUUAUUAUUAUUAUUUUUAUUAUUAUUAUUGUUCCUCUUAUGCCCAAACUACAGAGCUUGUGAUUAAUGCUUUUGUACCCUGCCUAUUUCACAUCAGACGUCUUAUCCAGACACCAAAAUGUAAGACUGUUUUGGUUCUCAGGGGACCACACAAGAUUAAACCAAGCUAUGUUUCAGCUUUUGGAUCAGCAGAAAUCUUAACAUACUGAACAUAGGCACCAAAGCGUCCUUGUCAUUUAUCACCAGAGCACUAACAACCCUGCAGCUUCAAUAGCUUAAUGGCUCAAUUAUUUUAGCAAAAUGGUCCCCACAUGUUCCAAAUUGCUGCUAUGUUGGUGCCAAGGCAUUAGCUUUGCCAGAACAAAUUUCCUGAACUUGGUAAACAAAUAAUUAUCCAUAUAUGCACUGACAGAGAAAGAUAUGAGAGCAUUACAUGAAUCAACAGACGUGUUUCUUUAACGGUAACAUUAUGUCCUAAGCAUGUAAACUGCUUAGAGUACAAAUGUUAAACACGUGAACUCAGGGCUGUGUGCUGUGCUGCAAACACUUCAGGUGGCAGGAUGAAUGAGGAAUUUUAACCUGUUACCAGAGAGAGAAGUCCAUAAAAGAGCAAGAUGUCUUUCUUUUUCUCCCAAGCCAAAUAUGCCUUUCACUGUAUACACACACAUAAACUAACGCAACUCCUAUACUCAGAUAAGAGGCGCAUCUUGUUAGUUUUAUCCUUAAAUAUUGUUUUUGGAGUUGGGGGGAAUGGUGGGCUCAAGAAAAAAGAAAACGUGUAGACACAUUCGCGUUUAUAAAUUAUGAAACAGUGCCCCCUGCAGGACACAUACUCACACUGACAUGAAGGUGCAACAAACUUAAAUCUGCCAUCAACUUCACUUUGAGUAAGUAAAAUCCUCAAUCACAUUCAUUUGUGUUGAUUUUUCUUUUUACCUCUAAUGGCGCUUAUUGAGUUCUAUGAGUGUUUCAGAGUAGUUUCUAGUCACAUGAGAAAUCUUCCACAGAGUUCACAAAAAGUCUAACUCUACAACUACUCAAUAUCCGUUAAUUGAAUUUUAGGCAGUUAGCUGCUAUGACCCCUAGACCUGACAGAAGAAGGCAACUAUAUGUUAAAGUUCUUGUCAUGACUAUUACAAAAAAUAGAUUAAUAAAUUAGUCAAGCUCUCAUAUAUAUUUUGCAACAAGGUUAACAACUUUGCCUGAGUGAAUUGUUUUAAAAGGCUACAGCUGGUUGUAGUCACAGAAUAACCUUAGAUCUAAGGCCAAGAUUUCUGAAAUAAGGGGUUGAAACCUUCACAUGAAAGCUUGUCCUAAAUCCACAUAAACUUGCAGAAUGUCAUCAGAAAUGUUUCUUUCCUCCUUUUUCAUAAUUAAGUCUGAGGUGUUGGAUUUGUUCAUCUCUGGUGUACUGUAAAUUUGAGAGGAAUUAUAAUCUGAUUGAGUUCUUGUCUGAUUGUAAAAUUGUGGGAUUAUGUCAAGUGAAGUAAAUGAUAAUGUUAUCAAUUAUAACAAACAGUGAAUAGAUGUGAAAACGUCAAGUGUAAUGACAGGAUAGGACAUAAUUGUUAAUAUUGUUAAUAUUUUUAAGUAACCUGAUGAGUGUUUAGUAAGUUGAUCCUGAAAUUUGAAGAUCUGGGGUAAUAAACAGUCAGGUUUGCAGUUUGUGAGGUGUUAUUUGUUCCCAUAUUUGUUCAGAGGUUUGAAUUUUGCUGGUUUCAUUUUGCUUGGAAAAGUACUUGUUUGGAAGGAAAUGUUAAAUAUGUUAUCAGUUUUGAAACUCACUAAAUACCAGUUUCACAACAGUCAAAUCAAUGUCACCACCAUCAGUAAAGGUAUUAUUUUCAAUAUUCAUAAUGUCUCGGUCAUCCAUUGCUGUAAUAGACAGUAAAUGACCUAACCAAAUGACACAUUGAAAAGCACACGAAGCAAAAUUAAACAAUAACCUUUCCACUUACUUCUUUGCUCAUCUUCUUGCUUUCGUCUUCGGUGCCUAGAUCGUUAAACGCGGGUGCAUCAUCAUUAUGGGUCCCCAGCAGCUCACUUCCAUUGUGGCUUUUUUUUAAAUUUGCAUCCUUUAUUUUCGCAGUAGGUAACUUUUUUUCCCAUCAUUUUUUAUGCAUUGUUAUCUUCCGUUGUGGCUUUUUUUUUUUUUUUAAUCUGCACCACCUCUAUUUUUUAUUUGCAGCAGGCUUCAGUUUAUUUUUUUCCACCAGUAACUUCCAUUGUGGCUUCUUUUUUUUUUUUUUUUUCUUGUUUUGCAUUCUUUUUUUUAUUUGCAGCAGUGGCAGUUCUCGGCCCUCGUAGAAAAAGUGAUUAAAAUCAGGUUGCUGAGUGGUUAUGAAGAUAUUAGUAAUUCAGAGGGGGGGACAACAAAGCCUGGGCGGAGAGGAGACUGACAGGAAGUCGGUGUGAGUUGAACCAAUCACAUUGAGGAAAGUCCAGCAGGACAGAGUCCGCAGAAAGGACUCGGAUCACCAGCAGCAUCCAGUGACUGUUUGUAGCUGCGUUAGCUCUGACACUAAGUUAGAUAACCAGCCCUCUCUCUCUCAGCCUGUGGAGGUCUGUCAUCUAACAGCGAUACCGACAAGUGGACAAGCCAAGAAACCAAGUCAAAUCUCAGGCGGGGAUAGCGGUGGAGAUGUGUAAUAAGUUACACUGGAAAACAAGGACCUACCUGUCUGCGAGCCGCUCAGCUGACAGCUGUCACCGCACCUAGCUGUGUGUAGCUAGGUAGCUAGGUGAGCUAACAGCUAACAAGUGUUUUUGGGGGGGCUAAUUUAGCCUGUGCUGCUCUCGUAGGAGGUAACAGUGACUUCCACAUGAAAACUCUCGGUUAUUAUUUCAAGUAUUCACCUCUGCUCCCUCUGGAGUCGGUAGCAUGAGUUAGCCAAGCACCGUUUUGGGAUUAUUUUGGGAUAUUUUGAGGUCCAGCUAGUUCGCCAACGGUUAUCACGGAGCUAGCUCGCUGCAUUCAUUCAAUUCUUGAGAAACCUCACCACUUCGGGAGUGGACUUUUUGUUGCAACAACAAUACAUUUUUGGUCUCGACUGUGCUUUGGGUGACCUCUCUGGGAGGAAUGAAGAAAUUUUUUGACACUCGACGGGAGUUGGUCAGCUCCGGGCCUGGACCAGGAGCCGGGGGAGGAGGCGCUGGUUCCGGCGGCGGUGGCAGCUUCAUCGGCCGGGUCUUCACCAUCGGCCGGUAUCAAGUGACCGUGGAGGAAAUAGUCGCAGAAGGUGAAUUCUCACUUUUUACACCAACACAUCUAACUGGGUCCACUGUCUGAGCUAUGAAGGUGGUCAUUUAGGUAUUUUAAGUGGAAAGAAGAGGGCCUGUGUUUGCAAAAUCACCAUUAUUAUGAUAUUGUAUCACCUUUAUUAUAGUUUACUACUAGGUACACUGCUGGUAUUGCUCAUAGGUACAAGGCCACACUAGUUGUAAAAGCUCUGUAUCUCAGGUUUUAGUUAACUUGCAUAUAUGACUAGAGAUCAGUGCACUGAAGAAGGUCUCUUUCUGCAAACUUCACUUUUUUUGGAGGGUGUGACAGUGUUGUGAUUUGUUCAGAUUCACAUUUUUCCCCUCACAUUAUUGCAUGCUUUACCUGAAGGCUGGGAGGAACUUGGUAUAACUGGAUUUUCUACUGUGGUGUUGGGACUACUGCCAUGCUGAGUCAUUUGUCUUGGUAUUUACAAAGGGUGUAACAUAUCUCAAAUGUAGAUUUUGAGAGUUUGGAGGGAGGUAAGGGUGAUAAGUUUUGCAGCGUAAACCUCUUUUCUUAAAUGCAUCAAAUGAAAUGGUGAGAAAUGUUUUGGUAGCUUUAACUUUUCAUCAAGCUCCCUGGUAGUAUUAUGGAGGUUUCCAAUAGUCAUGUCUCUUUGCACUCAGAGCUCGCCAUGCUCUGUUAGCUAAGAGCACCUGUUACUAAAUAAUAGAUGAAAAAAGACUGAUUAAUUUAUCACGACUAUAGAUGGGCCCCAUCUGUUUGGUAGCAUCGUGACUUUAUGAAUGGACGAGACAUCCAACCUCAGUCCUACACUGCUCUGAGAUAUCAGUGGGGAAUAUUAUCAUAGUUUCUUCAUUUUUUUAGUGAGGACUUGUGUAGUUUGCUUAUCAGUUCUGGGAAAACUUUGGACUUGAUGAUGACAUUCACUGGAGAGAGUCAGCACUGGUGUUGAUAAAUGUCAUGCUUUACAAAAUGAAACAUUGCUGAAACAUUACAUACUAGCUGGAAUGUUUCCCUGUGUACAUUUUUGGGUCAAUGACGUAGAGGUUUUUAAACAUGCCAAUUUUAAAAUAGCAAAAAUAAGAAUAUAUUUUGCAAAAGUUUAAACACUAAGGAUGUUGUAUAUACAAAAAUUUAUGUUACAUUUUUAAAUUACGCAAUUUUAGUGUUUUUUCAUAUAGAUGAAUUGCCCGUAACCUUAAAAAAUGUCAUGUGGUGCGACCAUAAUUUAUCUCAAUUUUUUUUUUUUAUUUUAACAUACUUAAUAGUUUUUUACAAAUUCCCAGUGAUAUCAAGUAGAUAGAAACAAAGCAUUUGCAUUUCAUUCGAGUUUUUGUAAACAAUGAUCUCACAUUUUAGCUCUAUAAUGUCACAGUCACUAAAUUAAAUGCAGUUAACUGAAAUGUUUUAAAACUACCUUUCACUUAAGCAUAUUGUAUCAGGUAUUAAUGUUUCAGUUACAGAAAUGAGAUAUUUUAGUUUGUAUUUAAUACAAUUAAUGUUAUUAUUGGUCGCACCACAUGAAAUUUUGACACUUUGAAGUUCAGAAAAAUUACAAAUAAGACACCACUACUUAUAAAUCCCUUUUAAAAACUCACUUAUUUAAAAUUGCUUUUAAUAUCUAACUGAUUUAUUCAUUUUAUUUCUACUGCUUUUAUGAUUUUGUUUUAUUACCUUGGGUUUUAUGUACUAUGUAAAGCAUCUUUGAGUGUUUUUAAAAAAGCACUGUACAAAUAAAAUGAAUUAGUAUUAUUAUUAUUAUUAAAUAAGACCUAAUUUUUGAAAAGUUGAAGUGACUACAUAAAUGAGAGAGAUACUACAUAUAGAAAGUAUAUUUUUGUGCAUUUAAACCUUUUUUAACUUAUAAAAAUACAAAAAAAUACAGCCGGACAGAAUAUUUAGGCGUCACGUCAUUGACCCUUUUAUUGCUCUGGUGGUGCACCCAGCGCUUGCAAUGUAACUCCCUCCAAGUGUCCGUUAACCUCUUUAUUCAGACGGUUUUGGGUCUAUUCUGGGAUAGCUUUUAGUUUCUGUUUGUUGGCUGCUCCAUUUGGAAAAGGUUUCUCCUCUCUGUCUACUUCCUUUUGUUUUCAGCGUUGUUGCCUUUGGCUUUGAAAAACAAAAACUUCAUGAACAAAAGCAGUGGCAGGGACAUGCUGGCUUUUGUAGUUUGGGGCCUAAAAGGACAUGCAUGGAUUCACGGCGUUAUUAUAGUUUUAAUUUUAGACAUUUGACCUUCGGGCAGGUGUGAAUGACUUGUUCAGAGGAUUUCUUCAUGUUUCUUGCCCUGUUUUAGAGAUUUAGAUGUUGUGUAGGUUGAAGCAGUGAGUGUGUCUCCAUUCCUGCUCUGAAACAUGAAGCAUCAAUGAGUCAUUUCCUCAGCUGGAGGCCAAAUUCACAGAGUUUCAAAAACGUAGAAAAUUCGCUUUUACUCAGACUGAACAGCCUCUGUGUCUCUGUGCUAAUUUUGGUUCACCCUGCUGCUGACGGUAUUUCUUGUCACUGAGGUGUCGUGUAACCUUUCAGCAAACCUGUUUGUAAAUAGUGUUGUACUCACAAGGACAUGUGUCUUCUCUAGUAAUGCACUAAAUGGCAGUUACGUAAUUUCCAUUACAGUAAUGGUGAUUUUUGACACUCUAACCAUUCAGCUCACUUUUCAUAAGAGCGCUCAAAGGUAUGUUUGUUGGGUAUGCAUGCAUGAACAACGGCGGCAUAAUCCCGACAGUCUGUUUACGUCAAAAGGCAGCGGCUAUUUGUAGGUGUACUUACAAUUAUUUGUUCACACUGUCCACUGGGAUUGUAGUCCACUGCUAAAUGUUGCUUAAGAAGGCUGCUAAUCCCUCUAAUUUCUUACUGGCAUCUCAGAUUAGACUGUGCGAGACACAGCAGGGGGUUCAACUGUCUGAACACAAACAGAGCAAACACCCUCACACACUAUUUUGAAGCUUGAUUUCUCAUAAUCAUAAACUAUCAGUUUCAUGUUGUCUUCUUUGUAAGCACGGUCCCUUGCUGACUCUAAAUAACACGACUUACUCAGCCAAGUCCUCUGCCAGUACAUGUCUGUUGGUGCAGCACGGUACUGCAGAUUUUUGCACUUGAUUGUGAAAUUUCCAGUCUUGAAUUAAUAGUCGAUGAUGUGUGUAGAAGGACCACUGAGGGUUAUUUGUGUUUAGGAGACCAUUUUUUUGCUUCUCCACAUCAGCUCUUUGACUUCUUCUUCUUUACAGCAAUGAUGCUCAGUGCAUCCUCAUCAAAAGACACGCAGACCAGUCACGUGGAGCUGUCCUUGGCUUAGUGAUGCUGGCUGGAUGAGUCAGUUCGUGGCAUUAACACGAGCUAAGAGAGGGAGAGAGAGAGAGGGUGAGAGUGAGAGAGAGAAAACUGCGAAGAGGAAAGCUGCAGUAACAACAAAAGUGUGACCUUUGCAGUAAAAGCUCCUAUACCAUACAAACACAAAACUCAGAGUAAACAAAUCCAAGGUCUAGUCAUCUGAAGGAGUCAUUGAGCCCCCUCCUUCACCGUUCAGCGCAGUAUAGCGAUGUCUUUGUUUCACAGCCAGAUGUGCGAACGGUAAAUUUAUUUAUAUCUGCUUAUCUGUGUCAAUCAUCCUUGUGGUUGUUGGCGGUUUUGUGUUUCUGUGGAAUGAAUACAGUCAUCAUGUGUUUGUUUUUUUUUUCCUCCGUCAGCAUCAGUGUGACCAGAGGUGGGAUGGUGAUAAAUUCUCUCAGUUCCUGUAUCAUCUGUCAGUGUUGUCUGCUUUUUGCAUCCUUCCCCUUAGCACAACUGCUGACUCACACACACAGUGACGUUUAAAAGCUGCUUUUAGCAGUUCGCCAGCAAGUCGACCAUGCGUUCACCAUCCCAUUUAUCUCUCUUUAAGCACUCCUUUCUUCCUCUAAUUAACAUGAAGUACAUUUAUCAACAGUACGCCAUGGUUUGUCAGCCAGUCUGGUCAGCUGCUAGUAUAGAUAUCUAUGUCUAAUGAGUCAGGGACAGAGUUAAAGUUCAAACUUGGUGAGGAAAACUCUCAGGAAAGAUAAUAACUCAUCCUGUCUGCUGUUGCAAUUAAAAAUCACUGGGCGUAAGACAACUGUGAGUUUCUUUUGAAAAGUAAUAAUUGACCUGGGGACCUUUUCUGGACCACAUUUGAAAUAUAUUUCUGUCAUGUUUUAUAAUCGUACAAUUAAAUUCUUAUCUCUUUUAUGGACUUUUUCAGUUUUCAGCAACUUGUCUAUAUUUGUAUUUCUCUUAACGUACAGUAGUUCAUUUAACUUAUUCUCUUUUUACUUUUUAUUCCUCAACAUCUUAUGCAUUUCAAGAUCUACAAAACCCGAAUUCCAGCACUUACUUGUAUUUUUUAUUUAUUUAUUUUUGUUACUUAAGCACAGUAAUAGGAAUAUCCAACAGUAGACAGGGUUUUAAAGGAAAGGGGGAGUUUGUGAUGUGUGUCCUUGUAUAUUCUGUAUUAAACUAAUAAAAAUAUUGUUGAGUAAAAAAAAAAAAGAAAAGUAAUAAUUGAAAAUGUUUGUCGUACUCUCACACACAGGAUACUCUGAUUGUCACAGUGAUGUAUUUUGCUGUUUUCGAACACUAAAUUUGUCUCAUUCUUCUUUCUCUCUCUCCACUCUCAGGAGGUUUUGCUAUAGUUUUUUUGGUGAGGACUCAUCAAGGCAUACGUUGUGCCCUGAAGAGGAUGUACGUCAACAAUGAACAUGAUCUGCAGAUCUGCAAACUUGAGAUCCAGAUAAUGGUGAGUGAGACAGUCCAGUUACAGACCCUCUUAAAUUCAGUCAAAUCCUUUUUCACUUCAAGAACAAAUGCUGGAAAUUUGCAGUAAAUACUUUUGGAUGCAGGUGGUUAAAAGUUUUUGUCCUUUUUUAUACGCAGUUGUUCUAGAAAUGUUGAACUGGUUCUUUCCUGUGUGUCAGUUUUCUUACUACAUUCCUACUGUAGAUGAAAUGAACUAGUUCUUACUGCCACUCCCUGGAUGGCAUGACUCGCUUGAUGGUUAUCAUCACUUCACACAGACUCUGUAGAUGAAAAGGAAGGAAUAGAAACAAACAUGAACUUUUUCAUACUUUACAAACUCAGUGUUUUAACUCUGUCAAAGCUUUUUUACCAGUGUUUGUCAUUGUUGUUUUCUCUUUUAAUGUGUUUGUACAGAGGGACCUUGUGGGCAACAAAAACAUAGUUGGUUUCCUGGACUCCAGCAUAGCUGCAGUAGGAGCUGGUGAUGUGUGGGAAGUCUUAAUCUUAAUGGACUUCUGUCGAGGUGAAUGAACUCCCCCAAGCCCCCAUUCCUUCCUCUUAUUUGAAUUCAAGCUCCAGUUCAUUGAACUAAUAAUAGCUUUCUGCUCUGUUUAAAGUCAGUGAAUGGCUGUGGGCUACUUCUCUUAGUGUACAUCAUUAUAUUACUAAGUAGUUGUGAAGCUUCUGUGGGUUAAACUUGUUAGUAUGACUUCAGUCUUUUAUCCUAACUUAACGUUUGAACUUGUAGGUGUAAGAAAUGCAUUAAAAAUUAUCAUAUGCUCCAAGUUUACCACAGCUAUAGAUAACAUAUACUAACACCAGUGGUGAUGCACAUAUGCUAUAGUUUCAAACAUCAGUCUUUACCCAAGUUUAUUCCUUAUUUUUGUUGCUCUGUGGAAAGCUAAAUCGAUGUUGCAUUCAGUAAAUCUCAUGAGGCUGUCUUAAAGUUUGCCUGAAACAAACAGGUCACGUUUUAUAUUCAUAAUUACAGGUAUAUAAGAUGUGGUAAGGUGGCACACAGUGUAAAAACAACAUUUCACUGACUUUUAGCUCCACUGUGUGUUUUCUGUAGGUGGUCAGGUGGUUAACCUGAUGAACCAGCGGUUGCAGACGGGCUUCAGCGAGGCCGAGGUGUUACAGAUCUUUUGUGAUACAUGUGAGGCAGUUGCUCGUCUCCACCAGUGCAAAACUCCAAUCAUCCACCGAGAUCUCAAGGUGAGAUAAAUGUGAUACCUAAUAUGCAGAAAUUACUGGAUAGAAAAGCGAACUGACGGCUGGACUAAUCUUAGAUGUCAUUUAUCAUGAGUGUUGUUUACUUCAUGUGCUACGACACCUCUAAUCCUGUCUCUCUCAUGUAGGUGGAAAAUAUUCUUCUGCAUGAUCGGGGACAUUACGUGCUGUGUGAUUUUGGGAGCGCUACAAACCGCUUUCAAAACCCUCAGACAGAGGGGGUGCCAGUGGUAGAGGAAGAAAUCAAGAAGUAUGUAUUUGUUAGUCCUUUGUGCUGUGUGUGUUUUUAUCUGUUUGAUUAAAAUUCAGAUACUUAUUGGUCUGUUCAUAAAUCCAGGUACACUACGCUGUCAUACCGCGCUCCUGAGAUGGUAAACCUCUAUGGUGGACAAGUCAUCACAACAAAAGCAGACAUUUGGGUGAGACACGCCAUGUUUAUCACUUUAAUGUUACCAUAUUAAACUGCCAGGAUGAUGGCGCGAAGUGUGGAAACAACAGACCCAGCCUCAUUUUUACAUGAAGUGCGAUGUUUCUCUUUACAGGCCAUGGGUUGUCUACUGUAUAAGCUUUGCUUCUUCACACUCCCAUUCGGAGAGAGCCAAGUAGCUAUCUGUGAUGGAAGUUUCACCAUCCCAGACAACUCGCGUUACUCCCAGGACAUGCACUGUCUCAUCAGUGAGUAUCCUGUCCGACAUGUAGACAUCUGCUCUGAACUCAUCCCGUUUCUACUUGUGUGGCGUUCCUGUGAGUGUCGGUGUGAAAUUCUCUUGUGUCUGACACAAACUGUUAAUGUCUCAGGGUACAUGCUGGAACCUGACCCAGAUAAGAGACCAGAUAUCUACCAAAUAUCCUACAUUGCCUUCAAACUCGCUCGACGAGAGUGUCCUGUCCAAAAUGUACAUGUAAGUCCCAACAUACAUGUACAUUUUUCCCAGUAACUCAUGACUUGUAUGUAUCUCACAAUCAUUUCAGUUGUCUUGGAUCUUGCCCACUGAGCAAUAGACGGCUAUUAGACAUCUAUUUUUUUUUUUAAGACCUAAUUUUAACCGUCAAGAUUCUGUAUAUUUUUAUUUCAAAAAGCAACUGUGAGUGGCAUAAAUGAUCUCCAAGUGCCUAACCAAAAUUAUUAUGAUAGCCGUUGAGCAUUAUACAGUGUAGUAUAGAUAUAGCCUGAUUUUAGACCAGAUAUCUAGGUUACAUUUAGACGUCUAUUAGACCUCUUUUAGACCAAAAAAUGCUCUGUGAGUGGGUUAAGUUGGCAGUAAUUUAGCCUAAUUAGUAGUGCUUUUAUGAAAGAUGGUUUAACUUUGAAUUUAGAUCAAAAUAAAAGUCAUAAUUUCCCCUCACUGUUGUAGAAUUCCUCCAUUCCUGCAAAACUUCCUGAGCCUAUUCGAGCCAGUGAAGCUGUGGCCAAAAAGAGUCAAACCAAAGCCAGGUAAGUGACAAGCAAACUGAUCGAGUGUUAUCCUGUAGGAAGCGUCUUUUAUUAAUAGUCCGAUUUUCCUUUUAUUCCAGGCUCACAGACCCUGUUCCUACUCUGGAGACCUCAAUCGCACCUCGACAACGACCCAAGGCUGGCCAGGCUCAGCCCCAGCCAAUAUCAGGCAUCCUCCCAAUCCAGCCAGCUCUCACACCACGUAAGAGACCCAACAUGGCUGCUGCUGGGGCGCCCCAGACCAUAGGUAUCAGCAGUUCGUAUUUACAUCUGCGAGUCAGGGCAAAGGCCACUCGUACUAGAUAACAGAGGCCCAGUAGGUUUAUUAUAGCAGAUAUCCUGGUAACAGUCCACACAAAGUGACAUCUUGUAUUCUCUACUGAAUACGAUGUCUGUUUUGUUAUUCAAGAAAGCCUACAAUUACAAAGUGCUUCCACACAGACACAAACAGACAGUUUAUUUGCUAAAACAAAGAAAUUAAGCAGCCAGAAGUGCAGUUGUAUUGUAAUUCAAAACAGACUCUUUAUGUGAUAUUUAAUAGGUGCAUCUUUCUAAUUUUCUCCCCUUCAGGUGUCGGUAUCAGUGUCCCACCUCCGGCUGCAGCUGCUGUCCAACCUCCUCAACAGACUCCUGCUGCACCCCAGUCAGUUCAGAUAGCAAACAUGCAGCCGCAGGCUUCACAGCAGCACCAGCAGCUCCUCAUGAAGCAGCAGCAGCAGCAGCAAGCCUUCUUAAGUCCACAGAGUAACCAGCAGGUAGGCGUCCGUUCGGACCAAGAGCGGUAGUACCUUUUCGAAUGUCUUUAACUGUCACUUAGCGUAGCAUCUAGCCUUUAUCUAAAACCAACAUGUGCUUUGGCCCUGAACGCUUGUUUGACCCUGAUCAGUGGAGUUAAAACAUUACAUGUAUAGGAUUCUGUCCAUUUUGUGUUUCAUAGAUCGCUCCUGAGCUUUUAGGAGCAAUAACUUUAGUAUCUUUUUUGUGAAUGAUAUCCUCCUUCACCUUCUUCUCUUCUCUACACUAAUUUUUGUCAAAGUGGGAGGAAACAAACUCUGAAAAAUGUGCUAUAAAAAGAUACCAUUAUGACCCAAAGUGGGCCUUCCUCAUGCUUGGCUGUGGUAUUUCUACGUAGCAUCAACUGGUACAGAACCUCCACAGCCAGCCCCAGCAGGCGUCUCAGGUGUCUUCAAAGCUGCAGUCCAAAGCUAAGCCUGUUUCUCCAGUUGUUAAUCUGCAAGUGAAACACCAGCAACAUGUAGCCCCUGUCCAUGAAACAGCAGCGCCUCAUCUGACCCCGAUCCCGGAGUCUGCGGUGGUUGACCCAGAGGUCGUGGUAACGUCCUUCUUCUGCUGCCAUCUGCUGCUUUUUUGGGCCACAGAGUUGAUUACCAGCUCCGCUCUAACCAAUCAUGUGUAGAUUUUCUCUCUUCUGCCUUUGGGGCUCAGGAAAGACAAGGAUACUUUCUUUCAUGAUUAGGAGCUGCCUGAUAACCAAAUCAUUCGUACGGCAUUCUGGACUUCUUCUUUAAGCGUCUUAACAGUUUCUUCGUACUUUGUCGAGCUUCUCUGAGCAAGGGUUCAUUAGCACUUUGUCGGUAAACUCUCCAGUCAUAGGGGUGUGUCUGUGUAUGUUCUCUUCUUCUCUUUGCUUUGACAGUUUUAACCCUCUUAGUGGUGUUGUUCCUUUUCAGGAAUUAAAAUCCAUCUCAUUUUCAGCUUUCAAAGAGAUCUUCUGUACUUGAUUUGUCCGUCUCUGUUUUAGAAACAGAAAAAUUGAAACUUUAAGUUAAUCGUUAUCAUUUCUUUCCUGUAACAGACCGCUGGCAGAGGGUUACACAAAGUCGGCUCCCUCACACCCCCGUCUUCGCCAAAGAUGGCUCCCAAGAGCGGCCACAGACGCAUCCUGAGUGAUGUCACUCACAGCGCUGUUUUCGGAGUCCCAGUCAGCAAGUCCACCCAGCUCCUCCAGGCAGCCGCAGCUGAAGCCAGCCUCAACAAGUCCAAGUGAGCAGAGUUAACUCCCUCCAGUGAUCUGAGGAUGAACCGUCCUUUCACAGAGCCGAGUGUGUUGAGGAGGGCAAUAGACUGUCCAUUCAUAUGAGGAGCCCCAAGGGAGGAUAAAUGACUCUUUUAGACCCCAGAGAAUCCUGCUUAGAAAGAAUCAACUCAGUCUUGAAAUAACUCUCCUCAAUCUUGUACAUCAGUCGGAUAGUUUCCACAGACGUAACACCCACUAUCAAGUUUCACUAUGCACUCUUACCCUUGUUUAUGUUUUUCUCUGUGUGCCGCAGAUCAGCCAGCACUACUCCCUCUGGCUCCCCCUGCUCGUCCCAGCAGAGCGUGUAUCAUCCGGGCGAUGGCGACCCCCAGGCGUCCCUCGUUGCUCCCAACUCUGUAUCCAGCUGGAACCCCUUCGGUGAUGAUAACUUCUCCAAGCUAACGGCAGAGGAGCUGCUAAACAAAGACUUUGCAAAGCUUGCUGAGAGUGAGUAUUACUCGUGCCCAGGUGUGUGAUCACCUGCAGCCUCGGUUGUGUGAUGCGAUAAUAAUUACUGUUUGUUUGUGCACAGCUGCUGCAUCAGGAGAGAAAGUCACAGGCUCCAGUGAGAAUCUCAUUCCAGGGCUUAAUGCUUUCCCAGGUAAGGUUUUGUGUGAUUCAGUUAUUCUCUGUUUGGUGCUUCAGUGUUUUGCAUAUUAGAUUUUUUAGGAGGCUUUUCUUCUUCUUUUUAUUAUCCAAGUUGAUAUUACCCUCCAAUACCUGCAUACCCAUCUCCACAAGUAUGGGAUUCUACUUUUUAGCAGGGUUAGGUGUUAAAAACAUAAAGGACGCAUAUUUGGAGUGUGGCAGCAGCGUCGCGUAUCACGCAGCAGAUAGGUUGCCAUUCUAAUCAAUGCAGCAAAGCAUACAGGACGUGAAUCAGCUCCGUCGUAUCGAGAGCUGCUGUAUGCCUCCAAUGCGCGUCAAUCCACACAGAGAAGAUCUUUUUAGACAAGAAGUCAAGCACAAAAAUCGUACAUGUCAUCCGGUAUAUCAAAAUGAAACACCAUAUGUGAACUCCUGACUGUGUAUCAGUUCGUGUUGAUGAGAAAUACUUCUUGGUUAUGGAUUUAUCAGGAACACAGAACAAUCUGAUGGUCAAUCCCUGAUCCAUGUGGACCCCAACACGACUUUUAAUAGCUUCCUCUGUUUGAAGGUUACAGCACAGCAUAAAGGAACAUAGUUUACUUUCUUAAACACGAGUAAACCUGCAAAAACCCAAACUGUAAAAUCACGUUGCUUUUUCACAUACAGUAGAGGCUCAACAGUCACUGAAUUAUAUCCAAAUUAGCAGAAAAUAGACCAAAGAAAGGCAAAAUAACCUGUUGUGAGCAUGUUGUUUCUCUAUACUGAGCCCAGCUGACCGGGGCUGCACUACGCUGCUGCUACGCUCUAAAUACAGAUCCUGUCUGCGAUCCCAAAUGCUGCUCUGCAGAGCAAAUACGGAACACGCUCAAUACAGAUCCAGUAUGUUUUCGGCUUUACUUAUAUGCAUCAUCAAAAGUGUACACAUGUCCUGCCAACCCCCUUUCUUCAUUUGUUCAUGUUCUCAUCAACCUUCAUUUGCUCUCUUUUAUCCUUAUUUAAUGUGCAAUGUUAAGAUGAAAGGCCUGCCUGCACCACGGCUGCAGGUUCAGCAUUUUUGACAGUCCAGGACCCUUUUAAUACCCUCUCCCUCUCUGACACCACAGGUAAUUUUCCAGUAUCAACAUCACAGAGAACUUUGCUUCUUGAUUCUCUCAGGCUCAAGGCUCAUGAACAAAUAUAUUUAUUGUGCUCUGUAUUUAUUUAGCUUCCUGGAUAUCACACUUCCCAGAGGUUAGCUUACGAGCGCUAGGUUUGUGUUUUGGAUUUGCUCACGGUCUUAUCUUGUUGACAUUGCACGCAGCUUCACAGUGGCUCCUUGUCAGCCGCCAUGAAUAGAGACCGUAGCUACUGCUCGAUCGCAUCUCAUUUGCAGACCUGUGCUUCUGCCGUUGCCUGGUAACACGAAGGACAAAUUCUCCUUUGUUAAUUGGAUUGCCUUCCCGCUGGACGAGCCUGCUUACUGAGGCCGCUAAGAACAAGGGAAAGUUAAGCGAGCCAUCCUGUCAGAAUAAUGACUCAAGCUUUUAAGUUCUUCUCUCUUUAGCCUUUUAGCUUUUUGUGAGCACAUGCCUCUUGGUUGUGUUACUUCCUUUGUGUAGUUACUGUUCAGGGCCUGAACUGAGAGGAUUAAAAAUGUUGAGGCCAUUACAUAAUCAGGGUGUGGUUAAUCUUCUCCACCCAGCCUAAGCUGUCUAUUUGACACUCUCUGUAUAGCUCACUCAAAUGGGAGGCACACAAGAGAGCAAACUCGAUCGGACUUUGACUGAUGAUGAAGUGGAGUUUCAGCUGAACUAUAUAAAGCAGAACAAGUCAAAAUACUACAAACAACAUUUUUAUGCUUUUUGACAUUUUCAUAUUUGCUGGAAAGCUUGUCAUUACUGUUGGCCUCUUUCCAUAGUGAAGGGGGCAAAGGGUCACAUCUGCUGUACCAUUUUCUGAGACAACACAUUCCUUGUCCAAGACCCCCACCCCCACCCUGUUUUGCCCCCAUAGUGGUUUCCUGUAAGUACGCGCUGGAGUGAGAAGUCAGUGAUUUGUGGUUUCCUGCAUGGCCUGUAACAGUAGCAUUACCUGAAAAUAAUAAUAGAUACAAAAAUUUAGUUUACUGGAGGAGUCAUCCUUUCAGUUGUACCAGGAUAGACUGUGAUGGUUGGCAUAUGCAUCGUGCAUUUGAGUCAAUCUUUUACUGCAGUGGAUUAACUAAUUGAUUACUUUGAGGUUUUGUAUGAUGAAAUGCUUUUUUUGUUGAUGUAAAGUGUUUUCUGCAGCAGUUGUUUGGUUCAAUAACUGCAGAAGCUAAGCUCUGAUGGGGUUUUGCCCUUUGAAUGCAUGAGAUAUCAUCCUGCUUGGUAUAGAGGAGUGCGUGGCUUUACAGUGCAGAACUAAAUAAACUAACAAAAGCUUUUUUUCAUUUUCUGUUUUAUUGAUUUCACAUAUCAAUAUUCCAUCAACAUUUUACAUAUAUUGAACAAGUUUACAACUGUGUAGAAUAUUUGCAUACUUCUCCAUCGCGGAGCAGAGACAUAGUUAGAUAUAAAUUCUCAGGUAAAGUUACAGUUGAAUAACUGUGUAGUAGAAUUAACACUUUUCACUCAUGUCUUAUUUCACACCUCUCUUGGAUUGUCCCUUUUCUCCUGUUGGAGGGUAAAUAUAAUAAACAGAUGAACAAUGAAGGGUAUCAAUAAUCUACAAUACACAGUGCCUUUACUGUGCAAAAUCUGCUCUCAAUUGAGACAUAAAAUCAACCCCGUUUUCCCAGUAGUUUUUUAAGUAUCUGUUUUUAGUCUAGAUGAGAAAGUCAGCUUCUCCAUUCUAUAUAUAUCGAUCAUUACCUCUACCCAAUCCUCUAUUUUUGGUGCCAAAAAGCUUAAUUUUAUUCUUGCAUGAUUGUUUCUUUGACUCUGCAGGCCGCCGAGUGUUUGUGACAUGACAGUUAAAAAUAUCAGUGAUCCCUCCCUUUCAGUCGUCAUGUAUUGGUUCAUUUUCUUAUGACCUAUUUUAAGUAUUAUUUUUCCAAACAUGUUGGCCAAAUUUGCAAAUUUCUGACUUGUAUUUUGUGAAUAAUUCCUCACAUUGCAAUAGUUUUAUAUUUGUAAGUGUUCCAUUUUAUUCUGUCCGUCCUUUUUAGUAGUUCACACAUAAAGUAACUGUACGAAGGGUUAUCUCCUGGAACUUAUCAGCCCGCCCCUGACCUUUUGACCUCUGACCCCUUUAAUAGAUAUACAGAACUUUAUCAAUGGUACCAGCUCUGUUUUAUACCGCCUGCCUGUCCUGCAUACUUCUUCUCUACUUUCAUCUCUUCUUUCACUCUCGUGGUUAAGAUGACAGAAAGACCAACUUGAAAAAGGAGCAAAGAUGAUCUUCAUUGUUCGAUCCUUUCUAAACUAAUCUGUUUUUUCUUUAAGACUACAAAUAAUCUCUAUGCUACCUUUUUCCCCACUUGCUGUUUCCGUGUAGUAAGGGCAGAGGUGUGUGUGGAUUCACUCAUUCCUGGUCUGGAAGCCCCGCAAGCCCAGAGACAUUCAGUCCAGCCAGAUCUCAUCCCUACCAGCAUGCCAGGUUAGCAUCCUGGACUGCAAGAAGGAAAUCUUCUUAUUAUUCUUUGUGGUUUUACACAUUUUCACAUGGAUUUGCAUGGUCUCGAAUUUUUGCCUUUCAUAUUUUUUAUUGUGUAGUCUCAUCAGUAGUUUAAAUUUGUUAGUAAGAAAAGCACAAACUAACUUAUCACAAAUAAUCGAUAUGCGUGGAAACACAGUCCGUUCAGAAAAGUGCAACACAAGUUCAUUGUGCUCAGCUGCUUUUUUGAAAUGUCACUUUAGUAAAUGACACUGAUGUUGACUCAAGCCUGUUGAAGCUCCAGUCCCUGAACUCAUGUGUCAAACAUUUCAGAGUACCGCACCCAUACUCGUGCAGUUGAAGAAAUAUUCAUAUUUUUGGAGGAACGCUCAUAUCUGACAUUUAAAACCACAAAAUGAUGUAACUGAAACCAGACUUUUUAUUCUGGAUUCAUAGGUAAUAGUAUCAGAUUAUUGACACACUUGCUGAUGCAACAUUUUUGCAGUAUAGGAACAGAUAUUGGUAGAGGUGUCUAUACGGGUUCAGCUCUAAUUCUAAUCCUGAAUUCUUGGUGUAUUUUCUUCUGUUGAUAUCAGCGUCACUCACUUCAAUAUCCAAAGAAAACUCUGUUAAGUCCAGCUACUUCCUCUGAUUUUUUUUAUUUCCAUGAAGAAAUUCCUUUAAUCUGAACUAUUUGAUGCUUCCAGAGAUAAAAACAUUUCACUGUUUUUACUAACAAACUGAAUUUCCAUUGCUCUUUAAGCUAAUUUUCUUUUUAUUUUCACCCCUUGUCUCUCUGGCUUCGCCUGAACCUGUCUCAGACUCUCUCACUGGAGAGGACUCUCUGCUGUGUUGCAAUCUGUUAUCUCACACCUCUGCUCAUGGAAACCAGUCUGUCUCUGCUCUCACUUCCUCCUGCUCCUCUGCUCCUCCUGGCUCCGGCUCUGGAUCCUGUCUGGAGGAGCUGCAGCCUGCUCAGGCAGCUUCUGGUAAGACCUUCGCUUUGCUCCACCCUUCAGCCAGCGUCGUGUCUCCCUUUUAAACAGUUCCUUCUAAAAACCAGGAGGGCUUGUUUAAAAUGAGGAAACAGGUGAUAGAGAGGUUGAUAGGGACCUCAGAUGACAGCCUCACAGACUUUCUACUCAUUCAUAGAAGAGCCAAAAGCCACCUCAAGUGCAUGGCUUUCAAGUACUGCCCUGGCCCCAUCUAUUUUUAAUCGAUUUGCAUCCUCCUUUCAUUUUGCUCUUUUCUUUGGCUGAGUUAACUUCUUUUCCCCUUCCAUCAUUCCUCCACUUCCUCUUCCUUCACCGCAGACUCUACUUUCCUCAUGUCGUGUGCGGAGAAGGGCAAUGACGACGAGUUUGACCCUAUUCCCGUGCUCAUCUCCAAAAACUCAAAUCAAGGUAAGGGGAACAAAACGUCAAGAUGAGCACUCUCUCCUGCUGAACCCCCCAGACCAUUGUUAGCCACAAAGAUGAAUGACUCAGCCCCUCUAAUUCAGCUCCCGUAGCUGGUUUUCCUGCUGAUGUGAGAAGUCUUGUAUGGGUGGGCAUGUUACAUCAAGGCUUUUUUUAACCCAUCAAGCUCUCUUACAUUAGCCGUCACUCUCAAAGCUAGUGAUCCUCCGCCCUGCAAGUGUUUGGCUCUCUGUAGUUAACCCUCAAGUCUCCUCAUGUUAAAAAAGGCAUUCCCUGACUCUCCCCUGUAAUGAUGCAGCUGUAUAAAAACGAUUAUCCCAGCUCACACUCUGCCUCUGUUUCUCUUUCUACCCCCGUCAUCCAUGCACCUCUCUCGCUCUGCCAUCAUUUCAUCCUCACCAACCCCCCUUCGCUCUUAAUUUCUCCAUACAUUCUUCUGUUAAAAUUACUUAUUCUUUUGGCUUGUUUUUCACACUCUCCCCCUCGGCUCUUCCAUGUCCAUUUCUGUCUCUGUCUCUCUCUCUUUCUGGCAUGUUUCAGGUGGUCACUCGCGCAGCAACAGUGGCAGUUCAGAGUCCAGCAUCCCCAACUUGGCCCGCUCCCUUCUGCUGGUGGAUCAGCUCAUCGACCUCUAGAGGGGGUGGGAGAGGUCGAAGGGGCAGUGUGCAAUCCUAACAAAGGGACACGGGGAGGGCGGGAGGUAGAGAUGGGGAAGCAGAGGCACUUAAUGUAGCACCUUAUGAAGUGAAACAGAGGAGCCAGCAUCGAUAGGUUCAGAGGAACCUUUCUUUUAAUAUGCCUCCUUGGCCUCAGCUCCAUCUCUAGCUGCCUGAUAAGCUGGUUUCAUAUAUCUCCGCUGGCUGUGUGCAUUCCCACGCUGGUUAAACAAAUCUUUUCAUUAAUGCCUGAGCAUAUCGUCUGCUUCUGUCCGGCUACACCAUGGUACUUCUCAUGCUUACCUUGCAUUAAUAUCCCUCAUCGAGUGCGCUGCCAUGGGGAUCAGCUGCUUUUCAUGCACACGUGUUAAAACCGCUCCAUCACAGCUUGAACGUGUUAACUUGCUGUGUUGGUUUUGUGUAGAAGCUAAAUCCAAACAGCCCCCCCGCCCCUCGCCCCUUCCCUGCCCACUCCCUGUGUUCAAAACGAUGAGUCAAAAUGCUGCAGACCCCUCUUGAGAGUGUGAAAGCUUUGAACUUAACUUUUAGCCAAACAAAGAUGCAGUCUGAGGGAACGAGUGAGAUAUGUUUGAACCAGUUUGUAGAAAAAAAUGGCUGUGGGCAGAUUUCUUUGUGGUUUGCUGUUGAGCAAGAAGGCCGCUUCUUUUAUACACACUCACUCAUCGUCUGUACUCAGAAAUCAAAUCUGUGUAAUUCUUGAUUCUUUCAACACUGUGUGUCUAAAUUAACUUACUCUUAAUGUUAAAAAACAGUAACUCUUUCCUGGCUUCACACUGACACGUCUUUCUUGGAAUUGAGCAGGACAUUAUUCCCUCUAAAACCACAAAAAUCUGUUCCUGUGAAUCUGUCUUCAUGAUGUUUUGAAAUCUGACAGCUGAGGAUGUCAGCUGAUACUCUCCUUACCAUGGCAGGAUGCUUUCACAUUCAACCAAACCGUCUUUGGUUUGUGCGCAUUACAGCUCAUGAACCCGCCAUCAUAUCUGACUGUCAAGACGAGCGCAGUAGAGACAAAAAGGACUCUUAUAUUGGACCUGUAGCUAUGCCAAAGCUUAAGCAUAGACUUUAUUACACUACUGUCAGUCCUCUUGUCAGGGUUGUUCAGCUUUGCAGAUCUUUAGCACCACACAGAGACUUACAGAGACUGGGGUGCAGUGAAGAUUUCUGUAACUUAUUAUGAAAUCUCCCUUUACAUUUGACACCCCCUCUGUCUUAUUAAGCCAAUAUUUGUUUGUCAUUCACUCUGAUAUUCAACAGGCGGAUUCAUUCUUGUCCGAGCAGAAUACAGAAAAAUUAGCGUGUACAUAAAAAUCACUGUUUUGUCUCUUUUUUUUUUUUUUAGUGUGUCAUAUACAGGCAUCUCAUCUAUCUCGCUAUGAAUAAAUGUGACUAUUACUGAUAGGUCUUUAUAAUGAAUGUUUGAAUUUAUGUGAAAUAUGUAAGAUUUAUGAGGAUAUAUAGAUAAAGAAUAUUUGUGUAUGAAGCUGUAAUGAAGAGUGUAAAGCUGUCGAACUUCUUCUCUGUCCAACGUCCCGUUUUUUUCUCUCCAUCCAGCUCUAGUGCUGUUGUCAAGAUGUCAUUAUGAAUACAUGGGACAAAGUGCUUAUGACUUACCUGACUGCUUAGUUUUUUUAUAUAGCUUCGUUGCAGUUCUUUACAUGAUACUGGUACUUGUAAGAUGCUGUAUAUAAGUAGGGCAGAGAACUUCUCUUGUAGGCAGAACAGAGCUAAUGACGGAAAAGAUUUCCUGACAUCUCUGCAGCUCCUUUCUCUUCGGCUAAGGUUGAUCAGAAAGGAUUAUUCUGACAUCUCUAAUGUCAAAAUCUCACCAAGUAUUCAUCACAUAGGCAAAAGUCUAUGUUAGGGCAUCAUAUCACUUCAGAUGUGUAUAUAUACAAACAGAAAAGGGUUCAGUUUCUCUAACAUUGCAAACGUUAGUCUUAGAGAUCCACAAAACUCCGGUAAUUGAAACUAUGCUUCUGUCUUUCCUUCCACUUUUUUCAGUUAAGUCAUUUGCAUCUUUGUGGCUAAUCUAUGCAAUCCUCCAAUAACGCUUCAUGUUAAGCAGACCCAACAGUGCUGUCUCCUUGUAGAGUUAUAGCUUUGGCCUGUAGAGUUUUACCUGUGUUGCUGUGAGAAAACCAAUGUACUCAUUGUGCUGGUUGGGUUGAAAUGGUGGCAGGUAGAAAUAUUAUUUUGGUUAUAUCAUAAUGUUUGACAUGAUAAGGGCAGAAGUCUAAAUGUCAAAGCAGGACCGUAACGGAGUGUGUGCUUCUAUUUUUAUGAAUUAAGGUUCAAAAAGAGAGACACUAAAUAAAAUUCAUUAAUGUGAAUGUAAACGAAGUGUCAUGGGGUCACAUUAUUUGAUUUCAGCUGAAAAAGCAGCCUGUGGGCUUUAUUGACAUGAUGAAGAUUCAUUCCUCUGUUUUCCUCAUUUUACUUAGCAGCAGAUUAGAUUUCCUUGAGGAACCAGAUGAGAUUAUAGAUGCUCUAAUGCAACUAUACGGAAACCACAACAGCCUUUGUGCCACAUCACACUGUUACUCAGUUUUACCUUGCACAUCUCACUACAAACAUCAUCAGACAUUUUGCUUGAAAACUCGUGGAUUUGUCCUUUUUAGCAUUGAAAGAUUCUUUAAGUGUUGCCAAGGUUUUCUGUCGUUUCAAGUUAUCCAUGUCCAGCGCCUCCUGAAUGUAUUUUCCACCACUCUUAUUUUUCACUGCUGUUUGAAUACCAGGCUAGGAAGUCAACGUUAGGGGCUCUUUACAUACGUCGUGUUUGUUGUUUUGGUUGUUUAUCCGCGAUGAUGAACUGGCUCUCAAGUCUUGUAGAAAGGGAGUACACUGCAUGAAAUUUAAACAAAAGGUGAUACUUUUCCUUGAGUGACUGCGACUAACAUCUCCACAAGAGCUGCUAAUUAACAGCUGCUGUCAACGUGCUGAGGUAAGACUGAUCUGUCUCUGCUUAUCUGUGCAAACCUGUCUGUCCCUAAUGACCUCUACUUUUGCUGUGAAGAGUCUUUUGUCCUUGUUUCCACAGACCGACCGACUCCCUCUGAGCUCUCUCUGCUCAGCACAGAAACUCAAACUAAAAGCCCAUCUGCUGUAACAGUUUCCCCUCGAUGUGGAGUGUGUGUUUUUUAAGUUUGAGGAAACUACAGCUGUGCGGACGUUAAUUUGUGGAAACAAGGGUGUUAGAUGUUGUCAUGGUAGAGGGGGUUAGUCUCAUCUGUCUCAUUUUACUCGUCAAGAGUAGAUCGUGUCUGUAUUGUUGUAGCCCUGUGCCAGUUUGUCACUGUUGGCUUUGUAGUGGGUAGAGGUCUCAUACGGUCAUGUAUGUUGUGUUAACAGUCUGAUGCAGCUGGACCUCUGGUGGUAAAAUCUUGAACAGAAUCUUGCUUGUUUUUUUUUUCAUUCCUGAUAAUGUUUCUUUUUCUCUUUCUGUUCUCUUAUCCAGAUGUCCAAGCGGAGAGUAAUGGCUACUCAGGUCUUGGUGAGGGACAGGAGACCGAAGCUGCAGAGGGAGAUCCUCAAACGAACGAGGCCUGUGUGCACUCCAGCGAUGAGGAUGAGGAGAAGGAAGCCAGUAAAGAAGAUCAGCAGGGUGAGAAAAGCACUGAGAGUCAUGUAGCAGCACACGACAGCAGCGGCUCCAGACCUCUGCUGAUGGACUCUGAGGAUGAAGAGGAACAAGGACCUCAGUUAAGGCUCCACUCAUCGACAGCACCGACACAACCAUCUACUACCUUCCAUCAACCCGCCCCCAGCAACUUAGCUCAGAAUCAUUCCCAGCCUGUUCAAGAAGCAGCAGAAACGGCUGAAGUUGCUGCAGAUGUCUUCUUAAAAGCCCCCUUUCGGAUCGGGCCUGAUGACGCAAGCGAUGUGUUCGCCAAUGCUCCAUUUCCUCGUGCCCUGGUUAGCGCUCAGCAGCAGCUUGAUGUUUUCUCUCAGGCCCCUUUUGGCAAAAGAAAAGAGAUAGCAGGAGCUCAGCCCAAGACCUCAUAUCCUCACACAGGAGGCAGCCCUGAUCAGGGUGCUUUGGGACAAGUAGCCCAGCAACCAUUCCGACCACAAGCUCUGGCCAAAUAUUCACGACACUUUGAGGGCCCUGUGCCCCAGCAGCCCGUAGCAGCUCACAGAGUCGUGUCUAAUGUGAGCAGGCAAGCUGCUGUGGCGUCAGUCCCUGUUGGACCUCGUCACUCAUGGACCUCAGAGGCAAGCCCUGUAGACCCUUUUGUCUCUGCACCCUUCCACCUUAAGGCCCCUCAGGAAAAGCCCUGAAUGCACACUAAGAGAGGAGGGCAGUGGGUGUUAGCACCACUGAAUUAUGCAAAUAAAACAGGCACGCUGCAUGCUGUAGUCAGUGCUGCAGCUGGACUGCAAGCCUGCAUGGAUCUCAUUCUCAACCGGCUCGAUUAGAUCUCAUAGUGCAAGGUCAUCCACACUUGAAUUCUCCUUUAGAGUAAGAAAACUGGCAGACUCUUCAUUAUCAUUUUUUCUUUAUGUUUUAUCUAUCACAUCCCUCCUGAAUUCUUCUGAAUCCUUUUGGUACGUACAUCUGCGUAAAGACAUCAUGGUGGUCAAGCAUUUGAUUGUUUUCUUGCCUACCUCAGUUACAUUCUACGUCAGCGUAAACCGCGCAUCGACAGAUACCAGAAACUUAAACGGUUUCAUUUCCUGUAUAUUUGAGCUUUAAUGUGAAACUAUGAAUUGAUGACGCUUAUUCCUCUUUUGGGGGUAGUUUUCAGGAAGCUUGAAUCUUUGGGUUAUGACUUCACAGAAGCUCUGGAAAGGAAAGGCACUGUGUAGCACAUCAGCAGUCCUUUAACACUUUCUGUGAGAUGUUUCUGAUGACGACAUCAGUCUUGAAAUCUGUAUCUUGCCUUAUAAUUACGCCCCAAAAAGUCAAAGGUUUGGGCUCUUUAUGUGUGACGGUUUGUUAUGAAGCAGAUGCUGGAUAAUGAUGCAAAAACACUUCAAAGAUGACGUUUAUUAAUAUGAAAUGCAACUUUUUUUUUGUUGUGUUCCUAAAUGUAAGUAUUUUUGUCAUGUGUAUUAUGUUUGUGGUCAUUUUCCAGUCUGAUAGAGGUGAAAUGUUGGUGUAUAAUUCCAUGUUUUUAAUGUUAGGUCUAGUAAAUUCAUAAUAGCUGCUUCUUAGUUAUGUUAAAGUAGUUGAUUCACUUUUCUUUUGUCUAUUUGUUUCUGGUAUUUCUGAAGCCUUACACUCUUACUGUACGUCCCUCCUGACACAUCAAACAGCAUAAAUCACUUUUGCCUUUUUAUGCCCUCCAAAAAAAAAACUGCUGCACCUAUGUUGUUUUAUUGCACUUACAUUCAUCACCAAAAAAUUGUGUAGCAUUGUGAACAAUUUUCUGGUUUCUGUCUGCACAAAAAUGUUCAUCCAGCUCUGUAAUGUAUCUCUCCUUUAACUCCAAAUGUGUAUCACUAGUGGCUCACUAUUACUGUACAACUGACACUGCAACUUAAAGCUUAGGAGCGGUCAACACAAGUAUUUACAGCACUUAUCCAGUCAGGAAUUAUCGUAGUUUCACAUCAGAUCAUGACUGGUUUGUGGCAUUCCUUUACUUUUAUAACCUUUUCCAAAUACUUCAUUGCCUUUGUCAAAUUUUGUUUCCCACCGUGGCACUUUUUAAACCUGUUUCACCCCAUAGUUUAGUUCAUUUAUUUCUUUAUUGCAAAUGUCAAAUCCAGUUUAUUUUAUUCCAUUCACAAGCUGUACAAUCUUUUAUAAAAACCCACUUUUCUCACCCAGUUUGUAUUCAUGAAGGUUGCACAUAUUCUCCUUACACAGAAUCAGGCCCCCCCUGAGAAUGUGUGUUUGAAUGUAACACAGCUGUAAAAUGUAUUUUGUUACGGUGUUAAAUAGGCGAUCUCCAGAGGAUUUGACAGCUGAUGAUACUGUUGGACAAGAAGCACUCAUAAUACUUCUUUUGCUGCACAGCCUGCCUCUGAAAACUGUGUUGUACGUCAUGAAAAAAAUAUUAAAUGAAUGUAAAUCAA